UGACGUGCUUCACGGUCAUAGAGCAGCAAAGUUAGAUAAAUAGCCUGACUGGGCUUUUUAGGAUUUUUAGCAUUAGUAGCACAAUAAACUGUACCUUUUACUGUACAUCCAUUGAAAAUAUGGCAGGGGCUAUGAAGGAGAUGGUGGUAAUAAGCAUGUGUUUAACACUAAGCUAUGGGUUUAAUUUGACUAUUUUACACACCAACGAUGUUCAUGCACGGUUUGAACAGUUUGACAAGUAUGGAGGCAGGUGCUCGGAAACAGAGGCAGAAGCGGGGGAAUGUUUCGGGGGAGUGGCAAGAAGAUACACUAAAAUCGAGGAGAUCCGUAAAGCAGAACUUAACGUGAUUUUGCUGGACGCUGGAGACCAGGCUCAGGGCACGCUGUGGUUUUCUAUGUUCAAAGGAAAAGCGACGGCACACUUUAUGAACGAACUUGGAUACGAUGUAAUGACAUUAGGCAAUCACGAGUUCGACAACGGUCUUGAUGGUCUUGCGCAAUUUCUUGAAAACGUCACCUUCCCAGUAGUAAGCUCUAAUAUCAACGCUGCUAAUGUUCCAGAAAUGAGAGGACUGUUCAAUAAAUCCACAGUGCUAACUGUUGCUGGUGAAAAGAUAGGGGUGAUAGGAUAUACUACUACAGACACACCCACUAUUUCAAGCCCUGGUGCCUUGAUAUUCACCGAAGAGGUGGCUGCAGUUCAGGCAGAGGCUGACAAGUUGACGUCACAAGGCAUCGAUAAAAUCAUCGCAUUGGGGCAUUCGGGGUUUCCUGUGGAUAAGAAGAUCGCCGAACUUGUCACGGGUGUGGACAUCGUCGUUAGUGGGCACACAAAUACAUUUCUUUAUACUGGGACCCCACCCUCAACAGAAGUUCCUGAAGGUGAAUAUCCAGUUGUGAUGACACAAUCAGGCGGGAGAAAAGUGUUGAUAGUCUCUGAUUUCUGGUUGGGCAAAUAUCUAGGUCAUCUAGCAGUGACGUUUGAUGACGCAGGGGAAGUUACGUCAUGGAAUGGUAAUCCAAUCUUAUUGGAUAAAACUGUUCCUGAAGACAAUGCUACCCUCACUAAGCUGCAGCCAUGGAAACAACAGGUGACUGAAUUUGGUUCAAGGCAAAUCGGAUCCUCACUAGUGUUACUAAAUGACACGGGUUGUAAGUUCAACGAGUGUAGUCUAGGAAACUUGAUGGCAGACGCAUUAGUUGACAAAUAUCUGAAGCCUUCGGACGGUUCAAGAUGGACAAAUAGGUCUAUUGGCAUCUGGAAUAGUGGCUCAUUUCGUGCACCUCUUCGCGUAGGUGAUAUACUUGUGUCGGACGUCCGAGGUGCUGUUCCAUUUGGAAAUGGAGCUGAUAUUGCCCAGAUAUCUGGAAGCACACUAUGGGCAGUCUUGGAGCAUUCAGUGUCUAAAUACGAGGAAAAGGUCGGCCGCUUCUUACAAGUCUCAGGGCUAAGAGUUGUGUACAAUAUCUCCAAGCCGGUCGGAAGCCGCGUGGUCAGCGUUGACGUCAGAUGUGCGGACUGCAUUGUCCCCAAGUUCCAGCCCCUCAUAAAGACCAAAAUAUACGAAGUAAUCACUAGUUCAUUCAUCUUAGGAGGGGGUGACGAUUAUUCGGUAUUGAGGGACAACAUCGUGUAUCGAUACGGGAUAGAUACUUUGGAUGCCGAUGUCUUAAUGGACUACAUCAAAAAGUACUCUCCGGUUUACCAUGGUGUGGAGGACCGAAUUAAAUUCGUCACUGGUUCAGUCCAGCCUUGUAGCAACAACCAGGCAUACGCAGUCGUUCCGACGUUCACGUUGAUUUUGUUUGCUUUGUUCUUUAUGGGGAAUUGUUAAAAUUUCACAUCCGUCACAACUUUGCGCUUACAACACUGAAGUCUCCAAGCCUUUUUUAAAGGCAAAA